UGUAGACUAACUCUGCAGUCAAGGAGGCUCUCAAGAAAGGUAGUGUGGCGGUGAAAAGUAACAGUGCAGUUGUUGAGGCAACUUGUCAGGAAGACAUGGUAGAAACGAUAUGUAUUCCGGAUCUCAUUGGCGAUCCAGAUGUGCCUAUUGCAUUGGUGAAGGAACCAGCCCGAACAGUUAAGAUUCAUCCGCUGACGCAUGAUUUUAGUUCAAAUCAGAUCAAAGAAGCGCUAAGAUUCUGUAGGAGCAACAUAUCAAAGUUUAUCUUGGGUUCAUCGAGAACAGAUGCUUUCGUGGAGUUUGAGACGGAAGACGGCAAAGAGAGAGCACUUGCAGAGCAUUCAAUUAGCAUCUGCAACACACAAUUGUUUAUCUCUAGGAUUGAUAUACCGAGGACAACCGUGGCAAGGAUUUCAAACUUGUCGGAAUCAGCAGGGAGAAAUGUACGAGCAUUGUGUUCUCCUUAUGGACAGAUCAAACAGGUGUAUAUGAAAGGAUACGACAUUGCAGAUGUGCAUUUUGAUGUCUCUGAGUGGCCAAACAUGCUCACCAUUCUCAACAGCUUGAAUGGUACGGAGAUAGAUGGUAACAAGUUGGUGGUUCGAGCUGCAAAAGCAGUAAUACCUCCUGAAAUUUUGAGGGUUUUGUGGAAAGAUCCUAAAGAAAAGAGAUUUGUGAAAAGUGUAAUUAGGAAUCUGGUGAGAGAGAUUGAGCAGCCUAUAGAUGCAACUAGUUGCCACACACUUAUGGCAGAUUUACUACUAUAGCUUCAUGUAAUCUUAAGUAUCUCUUCAAGAUUAGAGGCUAGAGAGCCUAGCUAGAGCCAUUAUUUUGGUAAAACGAAUUAAAGGAGGGAAUCAAAUAUGCCGAUCUCAAAUUCAAAAUUAGAUUGGUAUUGAAGUUUUUUUACGUACUAUUUGGUAUGCUCAAUA